AUGUCAGUUCCUGUUGACCAUGUGCUGGGGCAAGUGUUGUUGCUUUCCGAGGCACAUUCUCAAGAGUUUCGCACUCCUUUAGAUGCAGUUGCAUUGCUUUUUCACGCAUUAGCCACCCAUCACUAUGGUCUUUCGUCUGAAAACGUCCCCUCCGGGUGGCGAUCGAGUCCAGACAUGCAUGGAUGGUCAUAUGAGCUACGAGCCGAGCCUUUACAUACGAUUCAUAUCGCAGUCGUGAGGCUAGGAUCACAUGCAGUUGUUCUUGCCUCGCAUGCAAACGUAGUGCAAGAACAUUGCUCCACGUCCGAGUGCCUGUUGGAGUCAUUAGUUCACGCAGCAACGCCGUCUGAACUCAUAUGCACACGCGCCAGGGAUGUUUAUGUAUCGAAAGAGAGGAUCGAGUCAACUCUGCAUGCGUGGACUAGGGAUAUUUUACAUGCAGAUGCAAACCACAAUACGAGCGCGGACGUGCUUAGCCGAGGAUAUUUGACGAAGAAGGAUCCAAACGGAACAGCCACCGACACGGACAAAGCUACUGAACAUGACACAUCAUCCUUGUCGCACACACCCUCAUUCCCUCCUGUAUCCCGCAUGCCUUACGAUCCACGAAGAUUGGGUGAUGCUGAUCGCGAUCCACUUGCGGCGAGUCCUGCCGCAUGUCCCUUUGGCACAGGGUCGUUUCAGCCACCAAGACUAUUUCCACCUCAGGCACCCAUGCAUGGCGACGGCAUGAUCAUGGGGCCGAACCACCCGCUUUUUCAUACACCUCGACCUCCGCCUGGAGUGCCAAAUCAGCCCGAGAUAGGAUUCCUGCCUCCCGGCUCUGUGCCGCCGCAUGCGCGCUUUGACCCCGUGUCGCCCUUCGAUUCACAUGUGCGUGCCCGGAAUGGCGAGCCAGACUUUGACGACUUCGCACCGCCACAUUCCAUGUUUUAA